UCCAAAGCUUCCCUAUAAAUUGUUCACAAACCCCAUCGCCAUCACCAGACCUGCUCGAAUAAAAGCAAAAAAACAAAAAAAAAAGAGAAUAAAACGAAACCCCAAAGAAACACAAAGCAGGUCCCGUAUCCAGGCGCCGAAGCCAAGUCUUCUUCUCCGUCCAGCAGUUUUUUUUUUCGCUUGAAAGAAACGUUUCGAAUCUUUCAACCAUGACCAUGAAGAAGAUCUGCUGCGCCGUCGUUUUCGCCGCCGCCUCCCUCAGCACCGUCUUGGCCGCUGACGCAGCCGGCCCAACCGGCGCCGAGGCCGAGGCCGCGACCGCGGCCGGUGCAGCUGGGCCUGCUGCUGGUGGACCUGCUGCUGCGGGUGGGCCUGCUGCCGGGCCCAGCAGUGCCGCCAGCUCGGCGUUGCCGGGCUUUGCAACUUUGGUUGGAGCUUCUCUCGUCUCUCUCGUUUCCUAUUAUUUCCAGUAAGCUAUAUAUAAAAUUAAGAGAGGACACGUGGGCAUGAAUAAAGAUGAAAAAAUGAAAUAAUAAAAAAAAUUAGGAAAAAAAAAAUACCCAAGACAAUAGAAAUUGGGGGAAAUGAUGGAGAUUGGAGAGCAUAGUAAUGUAAUUUCUUGUAUUUGUUUUUUUUUUAAAUUCCCCCCUUUUCAUUUGUUUCUUUUGCAAUUUGUAACACACCAUGAUUGGUGGUAUUAUAUUGAAAUGAAAGGG